GAGAGGUUAAGAGAGUGAGUGGUUGAAAAAAAAUCUUACCCAAAGGAAGAGUAGCUCCCCUUCAUCAAGGGCUGCGGAAGCAGAACAGCCAUUUUUCUGACUUUCUGGAUAAGCAAACUGGUUAUACCACUAAGAAUAUGCUGGCAAUGCCUAUCACGAUGGGUAAGGAAGUCCUCGCUGUCAUGAUGGCUGUGAAUAAAGUCAACGAGCCCGAAUUUACGAAGCAGGAUGAAGAGGUUUUUUCCAAAUACCUCAGUUUUGUUUCUUUUGUUCUAAGGCAGCACCACAUGGCAUACCUCUACAAUAUUGAAUCUCGAAAAGUUCAGGUCCUUUUAUGGUCAGCCAACAAAGUAUUUGAAGAACUUACAGAUAUUGAGCGACAAUUUCACAAAGCCCUAUAUACCAUUAAAGCCUAUUUGAAUUGUGAAAGAUACUCCAUCGGCCUACUGGACAUGACCAAAGAAAAGGAGUUCUAUGAUGAAUGGCCAAUCAAGCUUGGAGAAGUACAGCCUUACAAAGGUCCGAAGACACCAGAUGGCAGAGAAAUUAUCUUUUAUAAGAUUAUUGAUUAUAUUCUACAUGGAAAAGAAGAGAUCAAAGUCAUCCAGACGCCUCCUGCAGACCACUGGUCUCUUGUUAGUGGGUUGCCAACAUACGUUGCUGAACAUGGAUUUAUUUGUAAUAUGAUGAAUGCACCAGCAGAUGAAUAUUUCACAUUUCAGAAAGGACCUGUUGAUGAAACUGGCUGGAUCAUUCAAAAUGUCCUCUCCCUACCCAUAGUCAACAAGAAGGAAGACAUCGUGGGAGUCGUGACGUUCUACAACCGAAAAGACGCAAAGCCCUUUGAUGAAUACGAUGAGCAAAUCACUGAGAUUCUCACACAGUUUCUUGGUUGGUCUCUUUUAAAUACUGACACCUAUGAGAAAAUGAAUAAACUGGAAAACAGAAGGGACAUCGCUUAUGAAAUGCUCAUGUACCAGACCAAAGCUACUACUGGUGAAAUUGAGUCUAUUUUGAAAUACAAAGAGAAAUUGAAUACAAACAUUAUUGAAGACUGUGAAGAGAAACAACUCAUCCAGAUUUUGAAAGAGGAGCUGCCCAAUCCAAAGGACGUAGAACUUUAUGAAUUCCACUUCAGUGACUUCCCCAUUACCGAGCAUGGAUUGAUUAAAUGUGGGAUACAGUUAUUUUUUGAAAUAAAAGCUGUGGAAAAGUUCAAAGUGCCUGUGGAGGUCCUCACCAGAUGGAUGUACACAGUGAGAAAAGGUUACCGAUCUGUCACUUAUCACAACUGGCGGCAUGGAUUCAACGUGGGACAGACAAUGUUUACCCUGCUAAUGACAGGAAAGCUGAAGAAGUAUUAUACUGAUCUGGAAGCCUUUGCUAUGAUUGCAGCUGCUUUCUGCCAUGAUAUUGAUCACAGAGGCACCAACAAUUUGUAUCAGAUGAAAUCAGCAUCCCCCUUAGCCAAGCUUCAUGGAUCUUCCAUUUUAGAGAGACACCACCUGGAGUUCAGUAAGACUCUGCUGCAUGAUGAGAGUUUAAACAUCUUCCAGAAUCUCAAUAAGCGCCAAUAUGAAACGGUUAUUCAUCUCUUUGAAGUGGCAAUAAUAGCAACUGACCUGGCUUUAUAUUUCAAGAAAAGAACCAUGUUUCAGAAGAUUAUUGACACUUGUGAAAAAAUGGAAACUGAGGAGGAGGUCAUUAAGUACAUAUCCAUUGACCCAACCAAAAAAGAGGUUAUCAUGGCAAUGAUGAUGACAGGUUGUGACCUCUCGGCUAUAACCAAGCCUUGGGAGAUUCAAAGCCAGGUAGCCCUCAUGGUUGCAAAUGAAUUUUGGGAACAAGGAGACCUGGAGAGAACAAUAUUGCAACAACAACCAAUUCCCAUGAUGGACAGAGAAAAAGGAGAUGAAUUGCCCAAGCUCCAAGUUGGCUUCAUCGAUUUCGUGUGUACUUUUGUAUACAAGGAAUUCUCCCGGUUUCACAAAGAAAUUACACCGAUGUGGGAUGGUCUUCAAAACAACAGAGUGGAGUGGAAAUCCCGAGCUGAUGAAUAUGAUGAAAAAAUGAAGGUGAUAGAAGAGGAGAAGAAAAAGCAAGAAGCCAAUACAGCCCCAAAAGGUGGAAAGGGUCGAAAAUAACCUAUUAAUAUGGUGAUCCACAGCUUUCAAAUCUGAAGAAGAUUUAGGAAGUACUGGUGAUGACAAAAAAUCCAAAACGUGUCAAAUAUUGUAAUGUAAUCCAAUUGGACUAAGUCACAAAGAUUUUCUGCUGAUGGAGAAAAACUGAAAAUGACUAAAGAGUUUCCAUGGAUCUUAACUAAGUACUGAACAAUAAAACAAAAGAACCAUCAAAAACAGCAAAAGUACAAAGUACAAAGAAUGGGUAUGACCUUUGGAUCUAAAAUCUUAAAAUUAAAUCAUGCAUAAUCUAUGCACUAUCCACAAAACCUUAAAUAAACUACUCGUUAGAAAUCAGUUUCCUUUUAAUACCUGAAGUCAGCUUUCAGAGUCAAAAUCCUUCAAGUCAACAAAAGUUUGGACACAAGAAACAAGGAAUACAAGAUGAAGAGAGCUACUCUUCAAGAUUUCCUCCAUCUGCAAUAAACAUCAUCCUUUCUUUCUCCAUAUCUCAUUAGAUAUUUUAAUCAUCUAGAUAAUAUCACUUGCCAGUAGUUUAUAAUAAAUCAUAGCUUUGUGCCAAUAAAGGCUCAAAACAUCUUUCCUAU